AUGAAGGCCAAGUAUACACUGUGCGGUGACUUUUAUAGUGACUUUUAUAAGACUACUACGGGAAAUCUGAAGAGCCAUUUACGUAAGAGACAUUUAGACGCAUAUGAAAGAGUCGCUUCGCACCAAGGUGUAAUUUUACGGGAGGUACGUUCUACACCAACGACCGAGUCAGCGUCGCAACCACCGACGACAGCAGGAGCAAGUAGUAUCACACCACCUGCUGACGUCGCCGGGUCAAUUCCUCAAUUUAGUCAGACUACUGCUGCACCUCGAGCUGCACCAUAUCCACAACAACAACGAAUGAACAGGUACGGUACAGCAAGAAAAAUAUCAGCUGAUCAAAAAAAAAAGAUUGAUAGAGAUCUACUGGACUUAUUCAUAGAAGGAUAUCAACCAUUUUCAAUAGUGGAAGAGAGAGCGUUAAAAAAGUUCGCAAGUUGGUUACCGGGAUACGUAUUGCAAAACCGUCAAACUAUAUCUAACAUUAUGAUUCCCGCUCUUUACGAACAAACUAAGGAAAAAACAAAGGUAGAACUAAACUUGAUAAGACCGAAUGAUCAUAUCAAAUUACGCAUUAUAACCGAUUUAUGGACAUCACGUGCAAACGAAAGUUACAUUGCCGCGAUAGGGCAUUUCAUAACAGAGCAAUAUGAAUUAAAAUUCAUUCUUAUGCAAUUCUCAAUUUUCGAUGCACCAGCGCGAACAUCCAAGAAAAAUUAUUAUCUAUAA